AUGAUAACCCCAUCUCUCCUCUCCUUAGCACUGAUAUCGAACCUCGCCCCUGUAUUUGCCCAAACCAAAGUAAAAGGCAAGGCAUUCGACCGCCUCGCCAUAGUAUGGCUUGAAAACACAGACUACGAACUCGCGGCCAGCGACCCAAACCUAGCCUGGCUCGCAAAGCAGGGUAUCAGCCUCACGAACUACUAUGCCUUGACCCAUCCAUCCCAGCUCAACUACGCAGCCUCCCUAUCCGGCGACUACUACGGCAUGAACCACGACCACUUCUCGGAUAUUAGCGACGAUAUCUUCACGCUAGUUGACCUACUGGAAGACAAAGGCAUCAGCUGGGCUGGGUAUCAAGAAGACAUGCCAAUCCCUGGUUACGAGCGCCAAAACUACCUCAAUCCUAGAAACGGCGCUCUUACGUAUAAGCGCAAGCACAAUCCCGCGAUAUUGUAUGCUGCAAACGGGAAAGAGGCGGAUCGACGGGCUAAAAUCAAACCUAUGACUAUGUUCAAUGGCCAUGACACCAGCGUAACUACCGCCGGCCGUUGGACCCGCAACUUCUUCACUCCCCUCCUCAAGAACACUUCCUUCAUGGACCGCACUCUCGUUCUAAUAACCUUUGACGAAAACGAUUCCUACGCCAAGAAAAACCACGUCGUCGCCAUCCUCCUCGGUGACGCUAUCCCAGCCCAUUUGAUCGGAACAACAGAUACUGCCUACUACAACCACUAUAGCGGCCUCGCUACCGCGGAGGCGAACUGGAAUCUACACACCUUGGGCCGCUGGGACGUCGGCGCUAAUGUAUUUGGGGUCAUGGCGGAAAAAACGGGGGAUACAGUUAGGAAGUGGCGCGGGAAGGUCAAGUUUGAGGACAUUGUAUGCUGGGAGGAGUGUUUUACCGGCCGUGGUGAAGAAGUGGGGGGCAUUGGUGAGGCAUUCAGCAUAUACGACUGGGCUGGAGAUUCCGGAUGGAAUACAUCCCGACGCAACUUCUGCACCCUCUACGCUCUUCAACUUCUCCAAGAAAGCGUCAUGGCCGGGGUUAGAGCCAAAUGCGCGUUGAUAUUGCCCAAACUCAGUGCUCGCGGAUUAAGAUCUAGGCCCAGUGUUCUUGCCAGUGGAUACGUCCUUGCCAUGUGUAUUGCCCCCGCGCCGGAUCCGCAGCAGACAUCUAUGAUUGAGCUUGGCACCUGUGGAACAUGGCGCGCUACGGAUUGGAGGAAUGAGACGAAGAGGUAUGUAUCGGGUCCAAAGAAGACCGAGUCUGAUGAAGCGGGAAAUGAAGAGUGGACGUAA